AUGAUGAAAAUAAGGUUGAUAUGUUUUGGACUAAUUCUAAAUUGUUUUAUUUAUCUUACUUAUGCACAACAUUUUGAAUGUAAUUCAGUUAAUGGAUAUAAUACGAAAGAUUUAACAAGUGCUAUCCAAUGGCAAGUUACAACAGAGGACCAAUGUCUUAGUAAUCUUGCAGCUGAGUGUAGUUUUUAUAUAAGUUUUUGUCACCAAGCACCUAUGUGUUUUAAUGAAUAUUCGGCAUGUCAAAAUGGAACAGGAACAACAAAUGUAACUAUUAUUGGUGGAUAUAAUAGUUCACUUUUUUAUCCAUAUGAAAAUGGAAAAAUUGGUUUUUAUGCUAAAUUUCCUAAUGGUCCAACUCAAAAUAUAUCAAAUACAACACGUUGUGAACCAUCAUUAAUAAUAAACUUUAAUUGUAAUACUAAAGUAAAAUGGUUUGCUCCAUUGUUUAAUGCAACAGCAUCUGCACCACAACCAACUGAUAUUGACAUUGAUCAAUGUAAGACUACUCUAACUUUUGAUUAUGACGGAGCAUGUUUUAAUGGACAGGAACCAUCAAACGGUCUAAGUGGUGGAGCUGUUUUUCUAAUCAUUUUAUUUUCUGUUACUUUUGUUUACAUGGUUGGUGGUUUGCUCUAUAAUGGGUUCGUUCAACAUAAAUCAGGUCUUAAUUUACUUCCGCAUGCACAGUUUUGGAUUGGUUUACCAUUAUAUGCUAUUGAAGGUUGUCGAACUUCACUUGGUUUAUGUUCUUGUUCAUCAACACCAAGUCAAGCAACAUAUGAAUCUGUUUAA